GAAAGAUCUAUUAUUUGAAGUUCCGCAACUACUUUGAGACUGAAUUUUCAUGUUUCUAAAAAAAUCUACUUUUAUAUUACAUUACCUGUUUUUGAAUCUUGGUAUUCAAGACUGGCCAAAGCAUUCUCUAAGUUUGAUGAAAAUUUACUUUUGGAUGCAUUUGGAUUGUUAUCAUUAUCAGGUUAUGAAUUUGUUUUUGUAGCUUAGUCUAUCAUGCCAAAAGUAAGCUCUCACAAUAGUUAUUCUAACAGACAUAUUCGUCGAUUACGAGACAACCUAACGAAAUUGGAUAUAAAACGCUUAAACUCUCAGAAAUGUAACGCAGAUUCAAUCGAAAAAAAUACCGAAGACUUAAACACAAAUAAAAAUGUUGCCUUUAGCGACGAAAAUGACUAUGAUUAUAUUCCUACAAAUGAGAAUGAAAAUGAAUAUAUUCACUGUAAUGAAUAUAUUCAAUUAGAUGAAGAAAGUGAAAUUAAUAAUACAGUUAUUACUCAAAGGAAAGAAGAAGAAGAAAGAGUAGGAGUAGAAGAGAAAUUACCAAUAGAAGAAAUAGUAGGGGUAGAUGAAGAAGAAGGAAAUGAAGAGGAAAAUGAGUUGGAAAAGUUGUUGGAUUUUGAUUUCGAAUUUGAAAAUGAACAUAAUAUUUCAGACGGUGAUAGCGAUUGUGGAAAUGAAUUUUUUGAAUCCAGUUGCUCUGAAGAUGAAGAAGAAGAGGAGAAAGAUGAAAAGCAUAAUAAAAAUAACAAAUUUAAAUCUGCUUUAUGUCAAUGGGCAUUAUUAUAUAAUAUCCCAUUAAUUGCACUAACUGCACUUCUCUUGCUUUUAUUAACAUUUACAGAUUAUGUACUUCCACGCACAGCUCGAACCCUACUAAAGACACCCAUAAAUACGAAAACAACAAUUUUGUCUGACGAUGGAGAAUAUUUACACCUUGGUUUAUUGCGGGCGCUGCAAGCUAUUUUAAAAACUCAAAAAUCCAAGGGAAUUAACAAGAAUAAUUUAAAUUUGUAUAUUAACAUCGAUGGUUUGCCAAUAUACAAAAGCUCAAAGAAGUCUUUAUGGUUAAUUUUUUGUUCUGAAGUAAAUUCAAAAAGUGUGUACUUAAUUGGCGCUUACUUUGGUGAACAUCAUCCUGCUAAUUCGAAUGAGUUUUUGUCAGAAUUUGUUAAAGAAGCAAAAAUAUUCUGUGAGUCCGGCAUCAUCUUCGAAGGGCGAAGAAUUACUGUAAAUAUUUAUGGACUGAUUUGUAAUGCUCCUGCCAAAAGCUUGGUGUUAAAAGUAAAAGGUCACACUGGAUACCAUUGUUGUCCCAAAUGCAAGAUUAAAGGAGAUGGUAUUCUACCUGAACAGAUUGGAAAAAACAAGAAAAAAAAGAGACGAGUAUGCUUUCCUGGUUUAGGGCCAUUUUCUAAAAGGACAGACCUAGAAUUUGCCAGUAAUGUAUACCUAGGUACUUAUCAACAGGGAGAAGCAACGGUUUUAACUCAGAUUCCUAGAUUUGGAGCUGUCUCUAAUGUCCCAAUUGAUUAUAUGCACUUGGUCCUAUUAGGAAUAAUGAAAAAAUUAAUUCUCUUAUGGUUAACGGGUCCAACUAAAGUCAGACUUUCUUCAUCAGAUAUUGAUAAAAUUUCAAUUAAUUUAAUAGAAUUAAAGAAAAGUCAACCAAGCGAGUUUGCAAGAAGGCCCAGAUCAUUAAGGGACGUAAAAUAUUGGAAAGCAACGGAAUUUAGAAACAUCUUAUUAUACAGUGGUCCAAUUGUUCUGAAAAAUGUCUUGAACGAAGAACUCUAUACUAAUUUUUUAGCUCUUCAUGUGUCAUUAACUAUUAUUUCAAGCCCAAUUUUGAUUAAAAUUCCAGGAGAAAUCGAUUAUGCUCAAGAACUCAUUGAAUAUUUUAUUACAACUUUUGAGAUUAUUUACGGAAAAGAAUACAUGUCAUACAACUUACAUAAUUUACUUCAUCUUUGUGAGGAUGUUAAAAAAUAUGGGCCUGUUGAUGAAUUUAGCGCAUUCAAAUUCGAAAAUUAUAUGACCACGGUAAAAAAGAAAUUAAGGAAAACGAAUAAACCUUUGCAACAAUUAGCAAGAAGAUAUGCCGAAGAACAAGCUGUCGAAGAAAUGAAUAUUAAUCAACCAGAUAUAGUGCUAAAACAUUCCCAUUUUGAAGGUCCUUUGAUUAAUAAUGGUUUGAAGAUUAAGAAACAAUAUAAGACACUUUAAAUAAAUCAUUUUCAAUUGAUUGUAGUAGCACAAAAAAUAAUUGCGUUUUGUUUAAAGAUGACUCUGUAGCAACAAUAUAUAAUAUUAUUGAAUCAGAAGAAGGUACUAUUUAUUUGAUAGGAAAAAAACACAUUUCUAAGGGACCUCUAUUCACAACUCCUUGUAAUUCAACUGAUUACAAUAUUCAAAGAAUUUUAAACAAUAACGAUAAAUAUUUUUAUUCAUGGCCUCUAUUCGAAUUAAAAUCAAAAAUGUGGAUGAUUCCUGAAACAAGACAAGUAGCAGUUGUGUUUCCAGUAUUGCACACAACUUCUUGAAAGUCACAAAUACAAACAUUAGGAUUCAUGAGUGGAAGGAAUUCCAAAAGAGAUUUCAUUCACGCUAAAUGCUUUUUAAAGAAAAUUGUUUAUUUUAUAUAAUACGUUAGGAAUGAAGCCAUGACCAGCAAGUCGAACAGCUGAAUCUUACAGAAUCGAUAAUAAUUAGCGACAUAAAAUUAUAGUUAAAAUUUCUAAUUGUGAAUUAGUAGAUUUCCAAUAAUUAUAUAAUU